AUGAAUAGUUUAAAUUGUCUGAGACAAGGGUAAAAAUGUACUGUAUGCAUAACAGUGAAAAAAGAUGAAUGCAUGUAUCCUAUGCCUAUGAUAUUAUAGAAUGAAUAUUAUAAAGUUUCCAAAACAUUUUGUUACCUCCAUAUAGCAUAUAUUAUAAACGUAAAUAUAUUAGCUGUAAUAAAAAUCCCUAGGAUGGAAAUGCCCAGAGUUGAAGCAACUCCUUUAUUCAGAUGCUGCCUCUAGCAUAUAUCUGAUUCACCGAACACCUCCGUGACCGGAAACCUAACGCGAAGCGCCCGUGAUCUGCGUGUGUAAGGAGCAAGACGGGACGGGCGGGUCUGAAGACUGAACUACUUCUGAUCGACGCCAGUUAAUGUUACACUAACAUCAUACUGUACUUUCGACUGGAGUUGCUGGCUUCUUCGUCUCGCUUCUCCUGGUCUGAGCUUUAAGUCUCGUUGAACGCAAUAUGACGGCAAUAAAAAUAAGGGUUGGAGCUGUUCCACGUAAGAAGACCACUCCUCUUUUUCUAGACUUAUUUUGCCGCAGUCUUAUUAUCCUGUGUACAUUUCUAUCUGUCAUCCUCUCGUCUAUUGCGGUGUGUGAUGGUCACUGGCUGCUCGCCGGCCGCCGUAUGUUCGGCCUGUGGUAUUUCUGCUCACUGGAGGAGCAGCAGGGCUCCGUGUUGGGGUCCCAGAGUUUUAAAGCAUCCUCUAACUGCACUAGACACCUGGAGGAGGCAGGGGUGGAGGGUCUGGGUGUGGGCUUGGCCGCGUGUCGUUUUGUGAUUACUCUGGCUGUGGUCAGUGCCAUAUUCGGACUGGAGUUGCUUGUGAUGUCACAGGCCAGCGAAGGGAGGGACUCCAGUCAACGUUGGACCCUUGGGGCACGGCUGGUGCUGCUGGCGGGGGUAAUGUCUGCCGGAGGGGUCGCAACUUUUGUACUCCUGUUAGGGGCAUUUGCAACGCUCCUUGGGUUUACGCUCACCUUCUGGUGCCAGUUCACCGCCACCUCCCUGUUCUUCCUCAAUGGAAUGGCAGCACGGCACAUCCAGCAUAUUGAACCGCUGCUGCCCUUUAGUGGACAUCCUGACAAACUGUAGAAAUAAGGCUGACACAAACAGUAAUCUCCUUAAAACUGGGAGAAGCUGCAUUAGACGCUGCGGUUGGUUCAUCUCGAGCAGCUCUGCGUUCAUUUGCAUCAAUACUGAGAAGUGAUUUUGAAGGUUUAUAAAUAAUGAGGAACCUUUUAAAAAGGCCCAAUGUACCAAUGUUAAUAUGAAGGAAUUUUCCACUUUAAUGUUUCACAGUUUUUUUUUUACCUGUAUUUUGAAUUACACAUUGCUUUGCGUUGUGUUUUAGGUUUGGAAGAAAUGUCUGUAAACUUAAUAGAAAAUAUCCUGGCAGAAAAUCAGUGCAGGCCUUGUGUGGAAAUAAAUGAUUUACUAGUU